AUGAAUUAUAUUAGAGAAAUUGUUUCAGGAAAGAAAAAGCGUAUGAAAGAUGCAGGAUAUAAUUUAGAUUUAAGCUAUAUAUGUCCUAGAAUAAUAGGAAUGUCGUUUCCAGCUGAGGGACUCGAGAUCACAUUUAGAAAUAAUAUAAAAGAUGUAGUUCAGUUUAUUAAAGAACGUCACGGAAAUGAUUUUCACAUUUACAAUUUGAGUGGCAGAUCAUAUCAAAAGGAAAAAUUUAAUGGCCAAGUAUCUGAUUUCCCUUGGGAAGAUCAUCAUUCUCCUCCUAUUAACAUUUUAUUUAUGAUGUGUAAACAUAUUGAUGAUUUCUUGUCAAAUAAAUUAGCAAAUGUAGUAUUUGUACAUUGUUUAGCAGGUAAAGGAAGAACAGGUACUGCAAUAUGUUGUUAUCUUAUUUAUUCAGGCCGCUUCCAAACAGCUGAAGAUGCUCUCACUUAUUAUGCAAAAAAAAGAUUUUAAGUAGGAGGUGGUGUUACUCAGCCAAGUUAAAAAAGAUAUGUUAAAUACUUUGAAUAAAUCAUAAAAGGGCCUCCAAUUACUCCUGUUCUAAAAUAUAUUACUUCAUUAACCUUAGUAGGAAUACCUAUAUUUUCGAAGCACUCGUGUAGACCUUACAUAGAAAUAUAUAAUGUCAAAGAGAAUAAAUUAUAGCUGAUUUAUACAGAUAAGAAAAGCCACUCUGAGCAAAAAAAAUUUACAGAUUUAGGAAACAAAGAGCUGAAUAUAAUCAAACUGCAGAUUUUAACUCCUUUUGUUGUAAUUGGGGAUGUGUUAAUUAGAGUUAUUCACAACGGAAAAUUUAAAAAUAUAUUUAUGUUCAGAUUUGCUUUUAAUACUGCUUUUAUUCCAGAAGAUAACACAUUGACAUUCGAAUUAAAAGAGCUUGAUCCAGAUAAAGUUGUAAAGGAUUAGAGAUUCCCUGAUUAUUUUUAUUGUGAAGUCAAGUUUACUGAUUAUUGUAAAUGCAAAAAUACAACUCUUUUCGAUAAUAAGUGUAAAGACUGCUUAAAAUUUAUGCCAGAAGUGAAAAAUCAAUGGGAUACGAUUCAUGAAAUAAUGGAUGAGUACAAACAGCACAGUAUUCAUGAGUCAAAAAUUAUAUUAUUUGGAGACCCAGAAUUUGAUGAUUAAAAUGAAGUUUUGUAUUCUAUCAAAAAUCCUUAAAUUUUACCUGAAGACUUUUAGUACUAGGAUGAUGAAGAUGAUUUCGACUGUGAUGACAUGGAGUAUGAAAAUUAGUUAGGGAAGAUAACAGAAAAACAUGAGAAAGAAGAUGAGGAUCACCAUGAACAAUAUAAUAAAUAGCAUAGGGAUACCUUUUUUAAGCACACUAUGUGA